AUGGCGGAUACGCAACGGUUUAUGGUGCCUAAGUUGACCAAUCAAAACUACCAAACGUGGAAGUUUAAAAUGCAAAUGCUCCUCGAGCGUGAUGAGCUUUGGUGCACAAUUGGCGAAGCAAAGCCGGAACCAGAGACACCGGUAUGGAAGCAGAAAGAUUCGAGAGCACGUGCAACGAUUGGGCUGUGUGUCGACGAUAGCCAAGUUGGGCUAGUGCGUGACGCAACGUCUGCAAAAGACGCAUGGGAUGCCAUAAAAGGGUACCAUGAAGCGGGAUCAGAAGUGUACCUGCUAAAGCGGCUGACGCGCUUAGAAUUAGCAGAAGGCGGGGACAUAGAGAAUCAUCUACAAACGUUCUCUAACUUGGUCCAACAAAUCGCUGAUUUAGGAGAGCCAAUACCCAGAAAAUGGCAAAUAGCGAUGUUGCUAUGUUCGUUACCGGAAUCAUACGAUCCGUUAACUACCGCAUUGGAACAGAUUUCCACCAAUAAUUUAACCCUAGAGUUGGUGAAGAGCAAACUUCUAGCCGAAGGAGAAAAACGACGUGAACGUUCGGGAACAAGUUCGGCAGAAGGCAAAGUGUUUCAAGUGACGACGAAGAACAAAGUGAACAGGAACAAACCAAGUGUAGUGUGCUUUCAUUGUGGCAAAGCCGGCCACAUGAAAAGAAACUGUCGUUUGCUUAACAGAACAAUGCAGGAAGCAAAACACAAUUCCGCGAAAGUGACGGUGAGUGACGAAGGACCGGUGGCUUGGACUGCAAGCAAAGGCCUACCAGGAAACUGGUAUAUAGACAGUGGUGCGUCGCGGCAUAUGACGAAUGAUCCAACGUUCUUUGAAAUUAAAGUGAAUUGUGCGGAAAGUAGUGUCACACUGGCCGAUGGAAGCAAGGCGAAAAUUGAAGGUGUUGGAUCAGGAACCCUAGUAUGCGUGACAAAAGAUGGCGAACAAUUGGCCAUAAAAGUUAGCGAUGUACUUUAUGUGCCCACACUGGAAAGUGGCUUAAUAUCGGUGAGCUGCCUAGUGAAGAAGGGCAUGCGAAAGUCAGAUGCUAGUGAAAUUAUUCAGAAUUUCGUGGCCUUCUGCAAGACACAAUUCGGGAAAACACCCAAGGCCAUACGAUCAGACAAUGGUGGUGAGUACACCGGAAAGGUGCUGCAAAAGUUCUUCAAAGAGCAAGAAAAGGCAUACAGGCUUGUAGAUACUAGCACGGACCGCAUUGUGAUUAGUCGUGACGUCGUAUUCAACGAAGCAUCGUGCGAGCAAGGUGAUAGUGUUCCUGUUGAUGAAAUUAUACUCGACGUUGAUCCUGAUCGAUACAAACAUGAUGAUGUCGAUGAAGAAAGCAACCCGAUCAACGUGCAGGAGGAGAAUUUUGAUACAGCGGAAGAAAACGAGCAUUACUCAUCGGGCUCAGAAGACCUAGACCAGCCGGUUGCCGAUCCAUUAACACAGCGAUCGACAAGAGGUAAACCACCAGCUAAAUUUACCGACUAUUUUUUAGGUUUGGUAAGAACGAGUGUGGAUGAGCCAGCGUCGUACAACGAAGCCAUAACAUCCGUGGAAAAGGACAGGUGGAUGGAGGCUAUCGAAGAUGAGUUCCGAUCCCUGGAAGCCAACAACACGUGGGAGCUAACGUAUCCACCCGAGAACAGCAACAUUAUCGGAUCACCUCAGGAUCGUCUUCGAAGGAAUCUCGUGAUCGGCAUGUUUGGAAGACUUUACCUUCUGGCGAUCGCCACUCUGGCGAUCCUCCAUGGGUUCGUGGAGUCAAAGAAUGUGACCACCACUGCCGCAGGAAGAUCAUCGACCACGACGACGACGACGACGACGACCACGAAGACGACUGCGGCCGCGUCCACGUCCGCUACCACCAACAGCCAGACGACCGUCGGCACGAAGGCACCGACGACGAAGGAGGCCGGUAGUGACCGGGAGGCUCGCGGCAAGCGGACGCUCGAGUUCGGCAACUACGGCAACUACAACUUCAUCCCGAACGUACCGGCGCACACGGCCCAGCGUCGUGUGUCGCACGCGUACCAGGAUCCGGGACAGUACAACCACUUCCAGGGCAACUACAUUCAGCCUCAGUACGCGUACCAGACGCACCAUCAGUCGUCCGGAGCUGCAUUCCCAGGUAUGAGUGUAGACCUUUUCCAUGCAUUCGACGCGGACAGUAGCAACUCGAUCGGUAACUUCCAAUCGGUGCCACAGACCGUGCAUCACUACAUUGAGCCACCAGAGCCGAUCAUCGAGAUCAUCAUCAAGGAGAGCAACGACUCUCUUCCGCUGGACGCACAAGUCCUCCUGCCCAAGCAGAAGAAGAAGAAGGAAGAGGUUCAGGUGUUCUACGUGAAGUACCACAAGGAUGAGACGAACGGGCAGCUGGUGCUUGAUGAUCCGCUUCCGGCCAUCAAGCCGAUCCCGGAUGAGAGUGAAGAGGAGGAGGACCCCGAUCAGGAGCCGAUCGUCGUGACAGCCGCACCUCCACUGAAGACAACCACGCUGCGUGCCGUCAUCAACCCGGACUCGGAGAAGUACCACAGCAACAGUGGCAUUCGCAUUUCUUUCGGCGUUGAGGAUAAGCACCAGGGAGGUCAUCAGAUUUCGGAAUCGGAGAGUGAGUCGGUGGCGCAACCAAUCGUAGCGCUGCCACAGCAUGUUGCCGAUCAGCAGCGUGCCAAGUCGGAUGUGUUCUACCAGCAACAUCAGCAGUUUGUCCAGCAGCAACACGACCGUGCCGUAAGACAGCACUACCAACAGCAACAACCGCAGCCACAGCCUCAACCGCUCCCACAGCCACAUCACCAUCAGCAGCAGUACCAGCAAGUACCCGUCCAGCAGCACCAACAGCAGUACCAGCAGGUGCAUCAUCACCAGCAGCCACAACAAUUCCGUGCUCAGCCUCCACCACCACCGCCUCCUCAGCCACAACACCAUCCCCAGCAGUACCAGCAACACUUCCAGCCGCAACACUACCAACCACAGCCACAACCACAGCCUCAGCCGCAGCGUGUAGUGUACAAUCAGCCGCCUCCACAGCCGCAACCUCAACAACAGUAUCAGUUCCGUGGACAGUUCGCUCCACCACAGCCUCAGCCUCAGCCUCAGCCACAGCAGCCUCAGUACUUCCAGCAGCAGGCACCACAGCCGCGUCCUCAGCAGGUUCGAUUCCCAGCACCGCAGCAACAGCAACCGCAGCCGCAGCCACAAACCUACUACCAGCCGCAACCGCAACCUCAAGUCGCUCCAGCUCAGCCACCUCCACAGUUCCAGCGCGUGCAGGAGUACCAGCAGCCGAAACCGAUCCCAAUCCCGCUGCACAACAUCAACCAACAACCUCCGCUACGCCAACAGUACACUCCUCAGCAGUCGGUGCAACAGCAACCGCCGCAACCUCAGCCACAGUUUAACCAACCGUUCAACAACUUCUACAAACCUCAGCCGCAGCCUACUCCGCCGCAGCAACAGCAACUUCAGCAGCAACAACAGUUCCGCAAGCCGGCACCUCCGCCACCAUCGACCCAGCAGCAGCCUCCCUUCCACGCGCAACGACCCGCUCAGGUUGCUCAGGUUCAAAACACAUUCCAGGCUCAGAACGAACGACCAAACCUGCGCGGAUCGUUCUACGAUGCGUCCCGCCCCGUUCAAGGAGGAUUGGUACAACAGGCCGCACCCAACCUUGGACCAACGCGAGCUCCCGAACAAUCGCGCCCUGUCUCUCCAUCGAGCCUCACCGAUACGGAACAUCUGGCGAACCUGAAGCACGUCCUUCCGGCCGGCGGUGAACUGGUUGCGUCGGUGUCGAAGUACGAAAAGCACAUCACGGAAACCAUCGGCAGCGGCGGACAGCAGCGUGUCCAGCAGGCAACCCCGAACCGGCCGCCCUUCUACAACAUCCAACCGUCGCAGGAGUUGAUCAGCCACUCGGUGGAGCCGACGAUCGAAAAUGUCCCGCAAAACAUUGGCCCACUGGCGACGAACAUUGGACCCCUGCCGUCGCCCCAGAAGUACGUGAGUCAGCAGGCAGCGCAGGUGAUUCCGAACUCGCAGCCACUGAACUUUGGAGUGAACCCACGCUUCAACGCGAACGCAUUCGCGAACGGUCAGGGUACGGCUAGCUCUACGCCUUCCACCGUCGGUACGACGCGCACGACCUAUUCGCCGACGUUCUCGACAACGCCACGCACAACCGCCGCCCAACGGUACACGGCAACGCCAACUCCCACGACUCGCACACCAACGCCGACUACGACGCCGACUCCUACCACCCGCUCGGCGGAAGAGGAACGGAACGCAAAUGAGAAGAAACAGAAGGCACUCUUCGAGCUGCCCGAUGAGGUACCGGAGGAUUUGAGGGCGCAGCUGCUUUCGUCGGGAAUUCUGGAGAACGCCGACAUCAGCGUGCUGGACUACGAUAAGAUCGGUGAGACGGCGCUGGAAAACUUGCCGCCAGAGCAUCUGGCCAACUUCUUCAACGCCGGCGGUGGCUCGCAGCUGGCCGGCUCGAGCAACGUGCUGUCGGUGGUGAAGCCGAACGGGGACAAGCUGGCGGAGAAGUUCAUCACGCAGAACCAUGAGGUCAAGGGUAAGCGGGAUGAGCGCGAUCGGUACGAGAUUGUGAAGCACGACGAGAAAGCGGCCGGUGCGGAGGAAGAUCAACCGACGAUCGUGACGAUGCCGGAGCGUCAGAAUGUCGACCUGAAGGUGGUGCGGUUUGAUUCGAGCAACCAGAAGAACGUCACCGACCGGUAUAUCAAGCAGGACUCGACCAUUCUGCCGUCGGUGGAUAUUACCAGCGAGCAGGAGCAGGCGGACUCAUCGGCAGACCCGGUGUUCAACCGCUACCUACCACUGAAGAUCAACGGUGCUCAGUUCCCGAUUCCGGAUGUAGCCGAGCUGCGUGGACGUCGAAUUGCCAGUGUCGUCGUGUUGGCUCCAGUCGACGGUGGAUCACCUGCGGCGGGUAAGAGCGGUGAGAGUGGCAGCGAAGAAGGUGCUGGCUCUGGAGGUUCGUUCCUGAUCAACGCCGAGGACGACAGUAACACAGGAGACGACCAGCAGCAGUCGCGUUUCGAACGGGAUGUCCUAUUGGACUCGCAGCGUAUCAAAUUCAUUGCCGGUGAGGCGCUAAAGCAGCUCAUCAAGAAGCCGUCGCGUGAGAACUUCCGCCGGUGGCUCGAUCGUGAGGGCAAGACGGAGGUCGAUCUGCAGAGUGUGGUGCUCCUGGUGACGAGGAAUGAUAACAACGAACAGGAAAUCUUCAUGUACGACAUCGCGACGAAGGGCGUAACGCAUCUCAGUGGUGAACUAUCCGCCGCCUUCGUGCAGGUCGCCGAGGAUAACGCCAAGACGCAGAACUUCGACGAAGUGUCAUCGAUCGUGGACACCGGCAUCGUGGAGCAGAUGGAGACCAAGUCGUCGCAGGAGUCAUCGCUCGACUACGGUGCGUCCUCCUACGCGCUCACGUCCUCCGAGGAGCAGGAAGAGCAGCAGGCACAGGCAUCGGAGCGGGAAGCGAUCUACGUCUACCCGGAGAACUACCGGGGGCUCGAGGUCAGCUCAGGCUACAGUAACAUUAAGAAGUAA